AUGCCUGGAACUCUCAGAGACUGCCUUGGCCUUCUUCCAGGGGCUGUCCUGGACUCCUCCAGAGUCAGUGUGCACAGGCCAGAGCUGGAACUUCAGAUGCCUGGAAGCAGGGCUCUCUCACCCUCCAGUGCAGGCAGGCAGCCCGAAGGUCUAGUGAUACUCCACUGUGUGGUGGCAGAUGGGAAUUCGACGAAAAGUCCUGAAACUAAUGGCCUCCUCUGUGGAGAUCCUGAGGAAAACUGUGCAGCGACCACCACACAAUCAAAACGGAAAGGCCACUUCUCCAGGUGUCCCAGGCAAUACAGGCAUUACUGCAUCAAGGGGAGAUGCCGCUUUGUGGUAGCUGAGCAGACACCCUCCUGUGUCUGUGAUGAUGGCUACACUGGGGCCAGGUGUGAGAGAGUUGACUUGUUUUACCUAAGAGGAGAUAGAGGGCAGAUUUUGGUGAUUUGCUUAAUAGCAGUUAUGGCCAUUUUUAUCAUUUUGGUGGUCGGUGUCUGCACAUGUUGUCAUCCUCUUAGGAAACAUCGUAAAAGAAGGAAGAAGGAAGAAGAAACAGAAACUCUGGGCAAAGAUACAACUCCUAUUAAUGAAGAUAUUCAAGAGACUAAUAUUGCUUAA